AUACUGGCGUUCGGGGGGAAAGAGACAAAAUAUCUGUCUCUGAAGUCUGAAGCUGAACCUCUUGGGCUUGGUUCGUCACUGGGACUUCUCUGUUGCGCGCUUUUGAACGCUCCUCCCUCGGAACGCUUCACGCCCGGCGAAGACGGCGCCCGCACUCGACAGUCGCCUUUCGUUCUGUGCAGCCUGUCUUCAGCCUUGCGUUUUUCAUGACAUUUCCUCCUUUCGGCUAGCCUCGGCAGACAGGGAAAUGGAUAAGGAACUCGACGAAAAGAGCCUUCAAGAGAGGGAGCACUUCUUCAAAAUCAUCCAGUCUUUUAAAGCAUACAAAAACUUUUCAAGAAGCAUUGUUAACAAAAGGCUGGCUUAUUUGAACACUUUGCCGCAAGUUCAACAAGUAGCGCUGAAAAAAUAUAGAAACAAGCUGGAACAGUUGGUAAAGUGCAUUGACCAGAAUUCGAGGAUCAUCAGGCUAAUAAUUCAGGACAUUGAAAAACUGUUCGAGAACGUACAACAUGACUGGGAACAGAACCCGCCUUCCAGACCAAAGCUCACUGUUGCCGAUGUCGACAAGGUGCAGAUAACACUGAAGCAAUUCUACAGGGACUGGAGUAAAGACGGGAGCGAGGAAAGGCUCCUUUGUUAUGAACCAAUAGUUGCAGCUAUUGAAGAAAGGUUUCCAGCUGAUACGUGUCGAAGGGAGGACAUCCAUGUAUUAGUUCCCGGGGCAGGCCUAGGACGGCUCGCUUUUGAAAUAGCCAGGAGAGGCUUCACCUGCCAAGGAAAUGAAUUUUCCUUGUUCAUGCUCUUUGCAUCGAAUUUCAUUUUAAACAGAAGCGGAGGUGUUGAAAUCUAUGAACUUUACCCCUGGGUGCAUCAAUGCGACAACAACAUGAGUGCAGAAGACCAAGUGGCGCCCAUUAGGUUUCCAGAUGUCGAUCCAUCUGAGCUUUAUAAAAUGUACGGCACUUCAAGGUUUUCAAUGGUAGCCGGUGAUUUCUUGGAGGUCUACAACUCAGACGAACAGUGGGACUGCGUAGCAACUUGUUUUUUUAUCGAUUGCGCCAACAACAUUUAUACUUUUAUCGAGAAGAUUUACAACGUACUCAAGCCUGGAGGUGUAUGGAUCAACUUGGGCCCACUCCAGUACCACUAUUCGACCUCUUUGAAUGAAGAUUCGAUCGAACCAAGUUUUGAAGUUGUUACAGAAAUUAUAAAAAGUCUAGGAUUUGUCAUCGAGGUGGAAAAAACGGGCAUGAGAACGCUCUAUUCACAAAAUCCCAAAUCUAUGCUGAAACGUGUCUACGAUAGUGUGUUCUUAAUAUGCUCGAAAUCUUGAACACGUGUUACCUGAUGUCAGUCGGGGCAAAUUUUAUAAUGCCCUUGUACUAAUUAAGUAUAAGAGAAAGAAAACGUUAUUGUGAAUUUUUAUGUUUGGGAUGUAUUCUAUUUUAUAAAAAGAACUAUUUCAAAGUGUGAUAACAUGAUUAAAAUUACUUUAGAAAUA